AUGACCGAUACCAUGAUAGGCUCAAUUGUUUGGCAGGGCGAGAAGCUCGAAAUCGUCCAGGAUGGGGAGAUGAUCACGAUCAAGGUGGCUAAUCAAGAGAUAAAAGUUCAAGGCAGUCUCGUCGGAGUCAAGAUGACCGCCCCAGCUACAGAAGAUUCACACGCAUCUUCCAAAAAGGAUGAAGCGACACCGGCGACCGAAGUCCAGGGCAGGAAAAGAAAGUCAGAUGCGAUGCCAGAGACUGAGGACACGACUGAAUCGAGGAAGCAGGCUGAGACCACUGCCCUGAGACUUGCAAUUAUUCAACAAGUAGAUGUGCCAUUUGAUCUCCCUAUAUGGAAAAAUUGGGUUGAUCGAGCCAAUACGAUGACAUCGAUGAAUGCCGUGGACAUCUCAGACGAUGACCGUAGUCUCAUAUGGGAAGCAAUUAUUCACGAAGAACCUCUCAUCGAGGUUUCCGACGCUGAGGCGUGGCACUACGCAAAUCUUACGCAAUGA